UGUAUGAGUGUGAGAACGCGCGCGCGCGCGUGUGUGUGUUCUGUAAGAAGGAUAAUAAAAAAGACGAGAGACCGGGGGGCAGCCAGCUCGAAGCGGCGGGCAACACCGAGCCAUGGAGGGCGAUGUGCGUGUCCGAGCGGUGGUGAUGACACGUGACGAUUCCAGCGGUGGCUGGGUGCCCCUUGGAGGGGGUGGCCUCAGUCACGUGAUCAUUUGUAAGGGGCGGAGCUCCGAAGGUCGUGGGCGGAGAGAGUACGUCAUACGCGGAGAACGGCUACGUGAUCGAGCACCCGUGCUGGAAUGCGCCAUUCAAAAGGGUCUGGUCUACAACAAGGUGAACCCCAUCUUCCAUCACUGGCGCGUGGAGGAGAGGAAGUUUGGCCUGACCUUCCAGAGUCCAGCUGAUGCCAUCUCCUUCGAGAAGGGGCUUCAAAGUGUCCUUGAGAAGCUGGACAGAGGAACUGACUCGCCAUCCUCCUCGACACCUGAAGAGGGCGACACUGAGGAUGAUGGUCAAGCAUCUCAUACAGGAAGUGAGUCGUCAUCCAACAGCAGAAAAGAGAUGCUGCCUAAACCCAUCACCAUCGUGACCAGUGAGUCGUCCUCCACCUGUUUUGUGCGAUCCACAGAGGAGUUUGCGUACGGAGCAGCGCACGCCGUCACGACGCAGACUCCAGCCCAGAUCCAUACCCGACCAACCCAGCACCAACUCACCCAAGUCACAGCCGUGUUGAACCCUCCAGCACCUCCUCCGCCACCGCCGGCUCCCCCGACUCCCCCCACAGUGCCCCCAGCCUCUCCCCUCUCGCCGCUCUCACCCACCAUCUCCUUACUGGAGGAAGGAGACCUCCGCAGCCUCGACCCCUGCAAAGACCUGUGGGGAACACGCGGCUACGAGGACUACCGACGCGCUGGUGCUACACGGACCAAGGUGGGCGGGCUGACAGGGGGCGUGGUCGUGGGAGCCGGCCAGGAUAAGGGGGAGCUCUGCGUGGUCCGCUUUGAGAAAGAACUGGCCGGCGUGGGCACCACAGGCUGCGAGGUCACCGUCAUGCUGGACACCAAAGGCUCUCAGCGUCACUCCUCACCCACCUGCAUGCCCAACGCCGUGCCAGGGGUGCCAUCCGCCGAAGGCUCCCCGCAGGAGACGGGCAAGGGCUCGCCUUCGCCGUGCUGCAUCCACACCUCCCUUGCCACACCCCGAUCUCGGACUCGCAAGCGAGGGGGCGGCGGGGGAGGAGGGGAAGCCAUCUCACCCGACGACGACAGCUCGUGCCCGCAGGGCUCCUCGUCCUGCUCGUCGCGCUGCGUGUACUGCCGUUCUGUUUUCAGCGCCUCCGAGAACGGACGGGGCCGCUGCCGGGACGCUCCGGACCCGGCGCUACACUGCCUGCGCCAGUGGACGUGCGUAUGGUGCGCAGAGAGCCUACUAUACCAUUGCAUGUCGGACUCCGAGGGCGAGUUCUGGGAGCCGUGCUCGUGCGAGGACUCGAUGGGCGGCUGGCCGCACCCGCUGUGCUGCGCUCGCUGGAUGGCGCUGCUGGCGCUGUCUCUUUUCGUGCCCUGCAUGUGCUGCUACCUGCCCCUUCGCGCAUGCCUGCGCUGUGGGGAGAGAUGCGGCUGCUGCGGAGGAAAGCACAAGGCCGUGCGAUGAGGCCAGACAGGGGGGAGGGAUCCGGGGGAGGGCGUGUCACGCGGUCGGGGAGGGCGGGGCUUAUUGUGACCGGAAAGGGAGCACAAAGACUUUCAUUCGAGAAACAGACGUAGAGCUGGUGCGUGAACCUUCGCGACAACAUAAAACCCCUCCCCCAACCCGCCCCCCUCCAAGGCCGUCUGCUGCAUUCCGCUCUUUCUAUUCUUUACUUGGACCCUUAAUGGUUGUACCAAUGGUGAGUGCAUGGGCAGCGUGUCACCGCACGGUUCAGGUAGACAGGCAAGAGAUAACGCCCGUGGUCUCUCGGUCUGAGCUCUCUGAUUUGCUGGUUUUUGGGGUCAGGGGUCAUCUCUGGGAGGUGGGGAGCCAACGGGGAUCAGUGACGUGUAAACUGUUUCAAUUGUUCGUUUUCAUUUGUUUUUGAUUUACGGAGAAAACACGAGAUGAAAAGACAGAUGAUGUUUAUUGUUAUGGUUAUCGGACGUUUUACGAGCAUCUUAUUUUACUUGAACUACGGAAAGAUUUUCACUAUUUUUUGGGAAUUCAUUUGAGAAAUACACUCCCCGUUUACCUCUGAUUUACUGAGUUUUACCUCAAUGUCCUAAGGAGAGGAAGACAGAUAGAGACUUUAUUUUUGGGACUGUAUGCUGUGGUGAGGUUUCGUUACGCGGUCUUUGCUGUAGGUUUUUUCCAAGCACGUACGGUUGUGUCGUGGAGGAGAGCAUUUCGAUGUGGUACCACUCCGAGACGGCUCCUUUCCGAUCUCACGCCGCAGAGGGUCAGUUUCACCAAAAUCACCACACGCGGGCACAUACGCACUCAUUCUGUCAAGAAUUGCAUUUAACUCACCAACAACCAAGAAUGUUGCCUAUAUUUAAAGUGUAGACCAAAAAUGUGUAAAAGAUAAUCUAGAACAGAAUCUGCCGAACAUUUGCUCAGCGAAUGUCAACUGAGGCCUUGAAUUGUAGUUGUAGUUACCACCAAAAAUACGGUGCAAUGUGUAUGACACAACAGUUUGACCUGAAUGGCAACACAAGAAAUUAAAUGUAUACGUUAGUCGUGACCUGACCUGACCAGACUAGACGCAACAUGAUAGAUCAUAAAAAUAAUUUGAUUUGUUUUCAAAACGAGUGGCAGAUGUCUCUGCAUCACACUGGCAACCCCCGCCCACAGUGAGAACUCAUUGGUUCAAAUAUAAACUCAAAUAUAUUUGGAUAAAAUGUCACCCUGGAUCACAAAACUAGUCUUAAGUAGCAUGGGAAUAAUUUUUAGUAAAAGCCAAAAGUACAUUGUAUUGGUCAAUAUUAUAGAUUUUUCUUUUAAGUCAAAAAUCCUUAGGAAAUUAAGUAAAGAUCAUGUUCCAUGAAGAUAUUUUGUAAAUUUCCUACCUUAAAUAAACAGUUUAAACGGUUGUAUCUCCUCCAGAUAUUGUCCUAUCAUAACAACCCAUGCAUCAAUUCAGCCAUAAGGUCAAUAGGUCAACAAGGUUUUGUUGUCCAGGGUCAGAAAUGUGAUUGUGCCAUGCAACAUUUUCACUCACAAGUUAUUUGAUGCUGUUUAUCCUGUGUCGCGUCUGGUUAAGGCAAUAGAGAUUUCCGACCAAUCAGUUCAAAUGCCUGGCAUAACCUCAACGUUUAUAGAAACACUGCUUUAAAAUACCACAAAGCUGCUAUAUUUUGAAACCCCUGAACUUACCUCUGCUGCAAGUAAUGAGAUGCAGCCCUGUAGUCGAUUCGAUUCACAAGGACGAUGUCACUUAAUCACUUCCAAGGAAAAAUAUUUAUGAUGGGGAAGAACUCCACAAGGAUUGAACAUACUCUGUCAAGGAGCGUCGAGUUACAAAGGAAUCAAUGUUGUAUUUAAUGCUGAAUACAGUCACUUUAAAUGAAAAAGCGUUUUGCAGCAGCAUUAACCCAUUAAACCUAAACAUUUCAGUCCAUUGUCAAAGACACACUUCACACAUUACCAUUAAAAGACCCAAAAAUAGCACUGGAAAACGAGAGAUGAGACCACCCUUGAAGGCCCUAGUCAUACAUCCUAUUAAUAAAUGUGCCUUUUGAUUUCUUUAACCAAUAACCUAUCAUUUCUAAGUUAUGACGUACCUAAAUACUCAUUUUCCUUUUCGGGUUGUUUAUUUCUGCCAAUGUGCAUAUUUUAAUAUGUAUGUAUCUAUUAGUUUGAAAAGUAAUCAAUGGAAAAUAUUACCUGUUUAUAUAUUUAUUGAGAUAUUUAUUCUAAUUCUUUUUUUAUUUUUGGAGACGGGUUUUUAUUUUCUGUGCUGUCUAACUUCUCUGACUUUGUGCCAAUUUGCUGCUUUGAGGUGUUACAUAUCGUGGGUUUGUAUCAUUAAUUAAACCCUAACUCUAUAUUUUAAUGAAACCUUUGCCCUCUGGAUCCUGUUUACAUCUCCAAUGUAUUUGUGAACGCGUGCUUAAACACUUUCGGCAUAAAAGGAAUACAACAUAGGACUUACAUAGCCACCAUAUCAGUGUAAUACAGAAUAAUGCAAU